AUGCAAAAUUCAAUCAUAUUCAUACUAUUAUAUCUUACCUCCUUCGUAUACUCAGAUGAUUCGGAGCUGGGAAAAUUCACUAUGAAGCCUGGUUUAAUGAGCAGACUAUGGGACCCACAGUGGCCGGACGACGAUGUUGAUACUUGGGGAGUUGCUAUGGUUACUUAUUUUAGAACAGGGAAAUACAUGGAUACUGCCAAAUUGUUAGGUACAGCUUCAGGGGUUUCGGAUCCAAAGAUAAAUUAUGAUGCGAAUGUUGCUAGUACCGUGUAUGGAUUUGACAUACCAACAGAUUUGCAAGACUUUGUUAUAACGUUAAGAGGAUUUUACAAAGCACCAGCUUCAGGACAUGCAAAAGUGUCGGCUACAUUUAAUUCGGAGCUAGAUUCUGAUGGUAAAUAUAGAUUCUCCAAUGGUGUGGUGUACUUUAAUAUUAGUUUUGGCAUUACUACCUCUUUAGAUGGUGAUUCGGCUACCUGUUUGGAUUCUGGUAGGACUACCCAAGCCUUCUUCACUUAUAUGUUCUAUAAUAUUGAAAACACUCCAGAUCAGACAUUUACAGGAAGUACAAGAUAUGAAUUUGUCGAAGGAAAUUUGUAUCCAAUCAGUAUUGCCAUAUCUAACCGCGAACCUCUUGUUGAUAUAUCACAAUUUGUAAUUUUGAUAGAAGGUGUCGAAUAUCCUUUCAAUGAAGAGAAUCUUUUCACAUUAGAUUUAGAAGACUCAGAUUGGGCCGAAACUGAUCAGCGUAUGUUCCCAAGGUAUUGUCCCGUUUAUACUACCACUACUACGUACACAGAGGCACAAGUGACCGAAACAGCUACAAUAGCAACAAGUAUGGCCACAUAUACAGACGAAAAUGGUAGUGUGACGACAGAGACGAUAUAUGUUGUUGCCACUCCUGGUGAAUACACAGCAUCAAGCACCGAACCUAUUGUGUCAUCUACUUCAGAUGUCGUUUCAUCAUCCACAGAUGUUUUAGAA